CAGGGUUGCACGCCAGCCAUUACAACAAAACAAAAGGUAACUACGGUUACCUUGCUGCUGCCAAACAGGAAAACGAACGAGUCGCUGCUCACGCACCAGCGCUCGCAAGAUGCUAAAAGAGGACAAGCUGCUAACAUUAUCAGAGGCUUUAAGCAGGCCAUGUCGAAGCCUUCUGCGAUAACAUCGUCUAGACAGCUGUCACUUUGGGCUUCAAAUGUUGAACCGCCAAGCUCACGCUCGAGACGGACCUGGUUCAGCGUCAGGGUCCGCUCGCACGAUACCGGAGAGCUGUUCCUCGUUCCAAAGUGCGGCUGCAGUAUGAAGAUUAGAGAACUGAAGAAUGUUCUGGAACUGGUCGCUGGAAUACCCACAGAUUUCCAGAGACUUUGCUACCUGGACAAAGGUGUCUUGAUGGAUGAAACCUCAUUCCGAUAUAACGGCAUUGUCCCUGGAAGCACACUCUCCUUGAUGAUCUGGCCCUAUAGUGGCUGGCCAGAGCUGGUCAAAGCUGCAGCCGCAGGCAGUGUGAAUACGCUGAAGAGUGUGGUGUUCAAACCAGCCCCCUUUUCUUCUUCUACGUCCAAUGAGGCUGGCAGUUUGGCAGCAUCCUGGCUCUCCCACCGCCUCUUCUCCGCCCUCUUCAUAAGUGUUCACCGAGGACACCUGCCUGCCGUCCGCUUCCUGUUACAGAACGGUGCGGAUGUUCAGGCCCAGACCCCUAGGGGGCGUGCGGCGCUACACGCGGCGGCAUCGCGGGGCCAGGCUGACUGCAUGCGGGAGUUGCUGGCCAAGGGGGCGGAGCUGCACCUGCAGGACAGGGAGGGGCUGACGGCCAUAGGCGUGGCCAAGCGUCUGGGACAGGGGCGGAGUGUCGGCCUGCUUUUCCUGUGGGACUGGCAGCAGAGGGCUAAGGGCCUGGGGGCCACGCCCCCCCUGCAGGAGGGAGAGCUCUUUGCCCAUCAGUGUUUUGAUUCCUGCCUGAAAACCUGGCUGUGUGGGCCUGAGGCUCAGCAGUACAGAGCUGACCUGCAGGAGAGGGGCCGCCCCAGGGGCCCUGCAGGGGAGGGGCAGCUCCAGGGGACCCUGCAGGGGAGGGGCAGCUCCAGGGGCCCUGCAGGGGAGGGGCAGCUCCAGGGGCCCUGCAGGGGAGGGGCUGCCCCGGGGGCCCUGCAGGGGAGGGGCAGCUCCAGGGGCCCUGCAGGGGAGGGGCAGCUCCAGGGGCCCUGCAGGGGAGGGGCAGCUCCAGGGGCCCUGCAGGGGAGGGGCAGCUCCAGGAGCCCUGCAGCAGAGGGGCAGCUCCAGGGGCUCUCUCCCAGGGCUCCUCUGAACAUGGACCCAAGAGGAUCCCAGAGAACCUUGAUGACAAGGACAGCGAAGAGUUCUGACUGCAAGAAGAGGAUACAGCAAAGCCCCCAAACAGGAGUUCAUAUAGUUGAAAAUGUGACUUUAUAA